AUGAACGCCAUGCUGCCGGUGGUGCACUUUGAGCCACAGCAGAACUACGUCCCAGAGCCUGACCUCUACCACGCUCCUCUGUACAAGACCUCAGCCAGAGCUGGCACUCUGUCCACCACAGCCACCUCUGUAUGUUUGGCUUUCAACAUUGAUACGACAGCCACCCGCAUCUUUACUACAGAACAAAAAGAUUUCUUCCAAAACAAGGUGCUUCAGUUACUGUCUGACAAGAACAAUGGGACACUUGUCACUGCACCAGAGCAGCUAGGACCUGAAGAGUCAUGCACAUCUGAUCUGAACCUGACCCACCGCUGCAUCAUUGUUCCAGAACGAACAAAUAGAUCUAUGGAAGUAGUUUUUUUAUUUGAUGGAUCAGCAAGUAUGAGCGAAGCAGAGUUCAACAAAAAUAAAGACUUCAUUGUGGAGAUAAUGGACAGCCUUAGGGACACGCCAGUAAUGUUCGCAGCAGUUCAGUUCUCCACAAGGGUCCACAAAGUGUUUGACUUCAACGACUAUGCAGCUGGACGUGCUCUCGAUAAACUUAAGAAUGAUAAACAUUUAAAAGGUCUCACCGCGACACACAGAGCCCUCGAAUUUGUGUUAGAUGAAAUGUUUGAAAACCCAGCUGCAGGCGCCUCUCCUGAUGUUACCAAAGUUCUGAUUCUCAUCACAGAUGGAGAUCCCUCUGAUACAGACAGGAGAGGGAUCGUUAAAAGAUACGAUGAUAAAAAUAUAAUUCGUCUUGUCAUUGGGGUCAAAGAUGCCAGACUGGAUAAAUUCAGGGCCAUUGCUUCAGAACCAAAACAUAGAAAUGCCUUCAAAAUUGAGAACUAUGAUGGACUCACAGGAGUGCUGGAGAAUUUACAGGAAAAGAUAUUUACUGUGCAAGGUUGCACAGCUCCUCUGGCAGAAUUCAGUGGAUUAAGUGCUGUUUUCAAAAAGGUUUGCAGCACAACUGCAGUCAGCAACUGUUCCAACAACUCGUACCUGAAUAUUGUCUGUCACCAGAUCCCAAAUCUUCAACAAACCUCUUCUUCUGUUGUUGAAGCGAGUAUGGACGAAAGAGAAUUCAACAAAAUUAAGGACUUCAUUGAGGAGAUAAUGGGCAGCCUUAGGAACACAACAUUCGCAGCAGUUCAGUUCUCCACAAGAGUCCACAAAGUGUUUGACUUCAACGACUAUGAAGCUGGACGUGCUCUCGAUAAACUUAAGAAUGAUAAACAUUUAAAAAGUCUGACCAACACACACAGAGCCCUCAAAUUUGUGUUAGAUGAAAUCUUUGACAACAAUGCUACAGGCGCCUCUCCUGAUGUUACCAAAGUUCUGAUUCUCAUCACAGAUGGAGAUCCCUCUGAUACAGACAGGAGAGGGAUCAUUAAAAGAUACGAUGAUAAAAAUAUAACUCGUCUUGUCGUCGGGGUCAGAGAUGCUAAGCUGGAAAAAUUCAGGGUCAUUGCUUCAGAGCCAAAACAUAGAAAUGCCUUCAAAAUAGAGGACUUUGAUGGACUCCCAGGAGUGCUGGAGAAUUUACAGAAAAACAUCAUUACUGUGGAAGGUUGCACAGCUCCUCUGGCAGAAUUCAGUGGAUUCAGUGCUGUUUUCAAAAAGAUUGGUUCCUACUUCGGUGCUGAGCUGUGCUCAUUAGAUGUUGAUUCAGAUGGGAGCACUGACUUCCUGCUGGUAGGAGCUCCACAGUUUCAUCUGCCUCAGGUGAAGAAAGAAGGCCGGGUCUACAUCUACUCUGUGAGCGAUGAGACUGUACUGGAAAGUAACCAGGAUGUGACGGGACCAUCCAUGGGUAGAUUUGGCACCACCAUAUCCAGUUUUCCAGACCUGAAUGGAGAUGGACUCCGAGACGUAGCUGUCGGAGCUCCGCUUGAGGAUGAUAAGAGCGGGGCUGUGUAUAUCUACCAUGGCAACAGGCAGAGAGGGAUAGUCAGCACUUUCAGCCAGGUGGGAGUUGUCGUGCGUUCAUCUUUUCUGUCUGCCUCGUGGUUCAGCUGUUUCCGGCAUCAGCUGGGGUCCUGUAAGGGUGAGCAUCGUAGUCAAGGUAACAAAGAGGGUCCACCUUCCCAUAGCUGCGUACAGGUCCGUCACACCCUACUGCUUGGUUACCCUGGAGAUGGUUAA